CGCGGCUUCCCCCGCCGCCCUCCCAGCGCCGCGGCGGCUCCCCCCGCUCGGCCGGGCGGCGCUGCAAGAUGGCGGCAGCAGCCGAACGCGGCUCGGAGCUGCCCGCGGAGCCGCCGCGGGGGGCUCGGCCGCCGCCGCCGAGCCCCGAGGAGGUGGCGAGGCGCUUGGCGAUCACCCGCCGGGAGCUGAGCAACAGGCGCAAGAUCCUGCUGAGGAACCUGCCGGCCGAGAGCAGCAGCCAGGAAAUCCAUGACUUAUUUAAAGAUUAUGAAAUAAAGUAUUGUUAUGUGGACAGAAAUAAAAGAACAGCAUUUGUUACUCUGUUAAACGGAGAGCAGGCUCAAAAUGCGAUUCGGAAAUUUCACCAGUAUUCUCUUCGGGGAAAAGAAAUAUCUGUGCAACUCCAACCAACAGAUGCUUUGCUGUGCAUCACUAAUUUGCCCAUUUCAUUUACGUUAGAAGAGUUUGAAGAACUUGUGCGUGCUUACGGCAACGUUGAGAGGUGUUUUUUGGUGUAUAAUGAAGUUACUGGCCAUUCCAAGGGCUACGGUUUUGUGGAAUAUAUGAAGAAGGACUCUGCUGCGAAGGCGAGACUGGAACUUCUGGGGAAACAGUUAGACGAGAGCACUCUCUUUGCGCAGUGGAUGGAUGUGAACCAGCUGACCACAAGUCUUAUCCACUCCAAGUGCCUUUGUGUAGAUAAAUUUCAAAAAGACUACGCUGAUUCAAAAGAACUGAUGCAGGCUUUCUCACUGAAGUAUAAACCUGUAUUCUGCCAGUUUGCUCAGGAUGAAGACAGCUGUAUUGGUGACUUUGCAGUGGUUGAGUACGAAACUGCAGAGCAGGCUGAGAAAGUACAAGAAGUCACCGAUGGCAUGAUUAUCAAAGGGAAGAGAAUCCAGGUGUCCUACUGUGCUCCAGGAGCGCCAGGCAGAAGCACAUUAGCAGCACUUAUAGCAGCACAAAGGAUGAUGAGAAACAAUAGAAAAGGAUUGCUUCCAGAGCCGAAUGCAGUGCAGAUUAUGAAAAGUUUUAAUAAUCCAGCAAUGUUGCAAAUACUACUGCAGCCCCAGUUGCGUGGACAUGCUGUUAAACCUGUUCUUGGAGCAUCUGCAGGUUUUCCUCACCUUAUAAAUACGGCAGUUGGCCCUCCUUUUUUACAGCUGAAUAAAGUUCAUCAGAAUUCAGUUCUGGGCAGUGCAUCUAACUUACUGCUGCAGAGCCCUGCUCACCUGCCAUUGCCACAGCAGCAACUGAUGAAGAUUGAAAAUGUCCAGGCCAAUAGUAAACCAGGUUUGCUGGGAGAACCUCCAACAAUGCUACUUCAGACAGUACUGGGAAUAGGGGUAAUGCCAUCAGUGACUUCAGGCAUGGGAACCCGUGGAGAAGCUCUUAAGUCAUCUAAUCUGCCUACAAUUCAAACAGCAGCAGCGGCAGGGAUGGGCAUGUUGCCAUUCUUUCCGAAUCAGCACAUUGUUGGACAAGCUAUACCAGGGCAAAACAACGCUCCAGAGAAACAAUCAACUACCGAAGCGGUUGUCUCGGGAUCACAGCCUUAUCAUCAGACCUUAACAAAUCUUCCUGCAGGAGCCUUGCGGGCUGGUCAUGCCAAACAACAAAAUCAACUAAAAAGCACUGAUACAAGUUUGGGGACUCCUUUGAAAAAACAGACUUCACUACUAGGAGAACCGCCAAAAGAAAUACGUCUUAGUACCAACCCCUACUUGAAUUUGGCAAGUGUGUUGCCUGGUAUAUGUCUUCCAGCAAUUGCCAGCAAAGCCUCCAGUCCACCACAGCAGACAGGACUUCCGAACAACAUCGUGGAUGCUGCUGUUUCUCAGGGAGCUACAUCACAACACGGAAUGGAAAAUUAUUUUAAUUACUCCCAACAGCAUGGAGAGUACACACAGGAGGCUGCUCAGCAGUGGUAUCAGCAUUAUGCUCAGGCAUAUAACUCUACCCAGGCAAGAGUCGAUGAAUUUGAAAAUGAAGCCUCUGAGGAAUCUACAGGUGGAUCUUACCCAGACUACAGUACCUGCUUGCAGGUCAUGCCUACAUUUUACAGUGGAGCCCAGGGAUCCUACCAGCCAGGCAGCUUGCAGCUUCCUCCACAAAACCCAUUAAAUAAGGUGGCUCCAUCGAGAAGUGAGAAGCGAGGCUCUUCAUACCUCAUUUCCUCCCCAGAACCUGGCCCGGUGGAGUACAUUGGCCAGCAACCUCAGGGCUCAGCCGUACGUUACGCAGAAUCCUCUCUGAAAAAAAAACGCGUUUAUUGAGACCUAACUAAUCUGUCCUGCCUUGACGUGUGAAGGCAGGCUUUUCAUACCUCUCCUAUUUAUUGCUGCCUUAACUUCAGACAAAUUUCUUUCUGCGUGGGUUAUAAAUAAUCCCAAGAGGAACAACACUGUGUAAUGGGCAAAUUCGCCAAGUAACCCGUACGUAUUGAUCCGACGUUAGCCAUUUCUCCGUAAUCUGCCUUGCCUUUUGAAGGGAUGGAAUGGUGUUUCCAUUUUUGUCUACCACUGAAAUUAACAGUGGGCUGAAACUGACCAAGAGAAGUAACUUGGUAAUUGUUGGUAGCUUAUCAGCUGAAAGCAAUAAAAAUACUGAGGAGGGAAUGAUGAGCCUUUCUCUAGUCCUCACGCUGAAGAAUUUAAAAGACAAAGUCUUAAUAGUAAUUUUUUUCUUAUUUUUUUAACUCAGAAUGUGGGGUUUUUUUCAAGCUUACUUAUCCCAGGAUUAAGACUUCUGCAUUUACAACCUUUAUAUUUUUAAUAUUUCUUCUUAAUCCUGGAGUGGAGAUAUACCAAAUGUAUCACUAGAGUCGCUGUGAUGUUUUCAAUAAAUGUUUUAAGUAAGAUGCUGUACUGUGUGCUGCCUCACAAUACUAAAUUGUGUUCGGAUAGGUGACAUCUCAACGAUGGAGUAACCUUUAUCUGCUUCUAGGCAAAGAAUCCACAGCUUUUCCUUGGAGUAAGUAAUUUAGUUUGUGAAUGGAGCCGAGAGUAAAACAGUGUCUGUGGAGUCUCCUAAAAUCUCUGAGUGCAGUUGGUUUGCUGUUCCUGCACCCAUCCUCCUCCCAACAGGACCGUAUGGCCGUAGGGCUGCUGGAAACACGCGGAUGUGGUAGGUGAUUGUUAGAGGUAACCACAAGGGGAAGAAGGUGUACAUGCUGUCUAGUUUACAUUUUCUGCAUGUUUCUGACUCUGGAUGAGCCAGACUUAGAGCAGAAGCAAUCUUAAUGGGCUCAGAUGACUUCUUCAGUCCUGCCUUCCUGCUCUCCAUCCUUUUUUUGUGUUUUUUUUUUCCAAGUGUCUGUAGAAAUUUGCUGCAACCCAAAGCCUGCUAGAGCAGAGCAUCCUGGCUCCAGUUUUUGUUCCUUCUUACAGCUUGCCUUUUGCAUGAAGGAAUUCUUAUUCAAAGGGAAAGCUAUUUACUUGUUCACCUAGCACACAGAGUACCGGCUCAGCACCGUGCAGGCUGCGUGCAGGGAGGCUCGUUGAGCAAGGCAGCUUGAUUGGAUUUCUUUUUAAUUUUGUUUUUAAAAAGACUUGGAGUUUUUGGCUUAUUAAUUAAGCACCUUUGGUACAGGCUUUUUUUCCUGCUGUUAAUCCUUGUAGCUGAAGCGUUAGAAAGCUUUGUUGUUGGUGGUGUUUGUAUAUGAGUGUUUGUGACAAAUUAUGAGCCAGCCAACUGUGAUGGACAGUGUGGGUUUGCUUCCCUAGAAUCCUGUUGCAAAUGAUUUUGGAGUUAGUUCACGCAGUGAUGCCACUGAGACGGCACCAGCAGGCCGUCUUACUCUUGCUCUAGCUCAGCAGACAGUAGUGAAGCCAUUUUUUCAAUAUGGAUUUUUUUCUUUCUAAAGAAAGUCUUAAAACGGCAGGUCAAGCUUUGUGAUGUGACCAGGAUAUGUAUUUUCAAGGCUUAAAAAAAAUAAUCCUCUCCUCCCUCACUUGCUACGUUCUAUAGAUAAGCUAGUCUGCACUGGGCAUACAGGCAGGAAAGGCUUAAGACAGCCACCUAGCCGUGCAGUUCAUGGACUUAAGUUUUUCUGGGAUUCAGUAUGUAUUGAUAAGUUCACUUGUAAUAUUUUGUUCAAACUCUUUUUAUAUAUGGACCUUGCUCAACUUGUUACCCUUUUCAAUGAAAAAUAAAUUGUUGGUACACCUUUAAAGUGGCAUUCUGUGGAACAGAACCAUCUCUGGACUACUGUUAAAGUGAGCACAUAAGGU